GAUGUAUUGACCAAACAAAUUCUCAUGCAAAAUGGACGAUCCUGAAAAGAAAAUUUCUGUUCUCUGCCUUGGACCCAAGGGGUCGGGGAAAACGACUCUACUGAAGAAGCUGCAGGAAGCCGAAGGGAUUGAUUACACUUACAGUCCUGUACCAACAAUUGGGACAAAUAUAUACGAUGUCCACUACUUAAACAAAGCUGGGAAGAAACAAGUGCUUUCGAUUCGGGAAGUUGGUGGUGAAAUGGCACCACUUUGGAGCAAUUACUUCGAGGGUGUAGAAAAAAUAAUAUAUGUUGUGGACACGUCGAACCUUUGCCAAAUCUCCGCUGCCGCUGUUAUGCUCUACACCUUGUUAGCUGAACCGAAAUUAAAGAAGGCAAAGUUUAUUUUAGUCUUAAGCAAAAUGGAUGCAGCGUACAGACAAAUGCGUAACGAAGCACUGCUAAUGCUACAAUACGCUCGACUCAGCACUGAACUCCAGAAUAAGCCCAUUUUACUAGAAGUCUCACCGCUGACAGGCGCAGGACUGGAUACCCUACGCACUCACCUCGCAGAAACAAAACGCAUCACGCCGCCUGUAAACUAAAAUGUGAAUAAAUAUUCGCUCUUGCCAAAUAGUUUAUUUCCUUGACCUAAUAAAAUGUACGAAAUUAUGCAAACGAUAAUGAGAUGAAUAGAUACGCAAAUUGUUAAUUUGUACCUGUGAUAACCA